CCCCAUUGCUUCCUUCCUUCCCUUACUUCGAAGCUUUGAAAGAACAAAAACAAAACCUUCGAAAGUGCGAAUUUUCUGUUCAAAUCGCGCGCGUUUGGUUGAAAAUUACAAGUGGGUCUUGGGUUUCGAGGGUCUUCAAGGCUUUUUUUGCCUGAACUUUUUCAUACCCCAACUACUCUUGUCUCCAAAAAUUGGUGUUUGAUCCAAAACGUGAAGUGGGUUCUGCUUGUUUCAUGCUGUAAGCCCGCAAAAGGCACCUGAUUUACAUUAUUAUGAUGACUUGUUCAAUGAAGAGCUGUCUUUCCUUUUAUGGGUUGAACAUGAAUGAAACUGUUCUUGGCUCGAAAUCCAGAGGGGUUUGUGGGUUUUGUCCCUCUUUUGGUUCUUCACAGUCUAGAAACUCAAAAUCAAGAGCUUUACCCGUUUUAAGUGUCGAUUUUAUGGGAAAGCCCCUACUUUUUGCAGAUCAAACGCAGACAGGAGACUGGAGUCCCAAAUCCCACAGCAAUUUCUCUGUUCGGGCACAAGCAUCAUUCUGUGUGAGCCGAGCUCGGAGAUGGUGGGAGAAGACUCUAAAACCCAACAUGGUGGAGAUUCAUUCGGCGCAAGAACUUGUGGAUUCCUUGAUUUAUGCUGGUGAUAGAUUGGUCAUAGUUGACUUCUACUCGCCUGGUUGUGGAGGUUGCAAAACUCUCCAUCCUAAGAUCUGUCAGCUGGCUGAACUGAACCCCAAUGCAAUUUUUCUUAAAGUUAACUAUGAGGAGCUCAAAACUAUGUGUCACAGUCUCCACAUUCAUGUUCUACCAUUCUUUAGGUUCUAUAGAGGUCCAGAGGGUCGUCUAUCUAGUUUCAGCUGCACCAAUGCAACUAUCAAGAAAUUCAAAGAUGCAUUGGCAAAGUAUGGGACUGAGCGAUCUAGUCUUGGUCCUGCAAAAGGCCUAGAUGAAUCCGAGCUAAUGAGUUUGGCAUCAAUCCACGAAAUUUCAAUACAUUCACCAUUUCCAUCCUCCAGGGAAGAAAGUGUGGAGGAUUUGGUUAUGGAAAGCAUAGAUUUUUCUGGUGUCUUGAGCAAAGCAGGCAAUAAGAUGGAACUCAAAGAGGAGAUGCUUUGUUGAAGAUAUCAAGUACAAAACAAAGCUCAUUAGAAACAUAAGUUAUGGAGCAAAGCAGCUCCAUAUUUUUGAAUUGCUGCUUCUGCUUUUUAGCUGUAUAUAUAUAAUUAUUGGGUUUUCCAUAAAGCGGGGCUUCUGGGUUUUUUGAAUUGAGCCCCUGCCUGUUUGGUUGAUCUGUUAUUGGAUUGGUCCAUUGGAUACUGUGAUCUGCUAUAGAAGUUUAUGCAGAUCCAGCUUGAUCAAUAUUUUGUCUUAUUUCUGGUAGAAAAUGGUGUUCUCAUGUAAUGUUUGAUAUCAUAUAAUAUAAUGCAAGCUUAAUUCAUAAAAA